AUGGUCAAGGUCCUACUGACAGUCAGAUCGGAGGACAAGGGCAAGCGUAUCCUUGACGCCCACCCCCAGGCCUCCAAAGAGAAAUUGUCUUAUGUGAUUGUCCCGGAUGUGGCCAAAGAUGGUGCAUUUGACGAGGCUAUCAAAUCCAGUCCCCCAUUCGACUACGUUCUUCAUACAGCAUCGCCCUUCCAUUUCAAUGUCCAGGAUCCCGUCAAAGACUUCCUGGAUCCUGCGAUCAAGGGAACCACGGGCAUUUUGAAAGCCAUCAAGACCUACGCACCAACUGUGAAGCGAGUGGUCAUUACUUCGUCCUUUGCUGCGAUAGUGAACUCAAAGCAGCAUCCCAAGGUUUACAGUGAGGAGGAAUGGAACCCGGUGACCUGGGAAGAAGCCUUGGAUCAUUCCAAUGUCUAUCGGGCAAGCAAGACCUUUGCUGAGAAGGCAGCCUGGGACUUUGUUGAAAAAGAAAAGCCCAACUUCGACAUUGCGACUGUCAACCCUCCCCUAGUGUUCGGCCCCAUUGUCCACUACCUGAAUUCCCUGGAGGCCCUUAAUACAUCGAACCAGCGCUUUAGAAACAUUAUCCAGGGCCAGAUGAAGGAACAGAUUGCUCCGACGGGGACCUUCCUUUGGGUUGAUGUUCGCGACGUUGCUCUGGCACACGUUCGAGCCAUUGAGGUUCCCGAGGCGGGAGGCCAGCGAUUCUUCGUGACCGGUGGCUAUUUCUCGAACAAAGAGAUCGUCGACAUCAUCCGGGAGGCACACCCGAACUUCGAGCCCAAACUACCGCCCAAGGAUUCUCCAAGCGACUUCCCGGCCGAUAUCUAUGGGAUCAACAACAAGAAGUCGCUGGAGGUUCUGGGAAUCAAAUACCGCUCGCUCGAACAGACGGUCUCGGACACUGUCGAUUCAUUGUUGGCCGUUGGUGCUUAG